UUUCCUGAGUCAUUGCUCCUCUAGUUCAAAUCUGAAACGAAACAUCUCCCCUCUGCCCCGCCACCAUUAUUUACCUCUUUAUUUUUUGUGUAACAUUUAAAGCCUAACGAUGGAGGGUACAGUAUCAAAUGUGGAGGUCUGUAAUUUUGCCUACACAGGUCAGUUUGAGAAAUUAAGAGAGUGCAUCCUGACAGAUAAAACGCUUGCCUGCAAAGUUGACCAGGACCACAGAACCGCCCUGCACUGGGCUUGUUCUGCCGGCCACACGGACAUUGUGGACUUUUUACUUAGUCUUGGAGUUGAAGUGAAUCUGCAAGAUGAUGCUUUGUGGACCCCUCUUCACAUUGCAGCGUCUGCUGGCAGAGAAGACAUUGUGAAAGCUCUAAUAUCCAAAGGAGCUCAGCUGAACUCUAUAAAUCAAAACGGAUGUACACCUCUGCACUACGCUGCUUCUAAAGACAGAUAUGAGAUUGCCCUGAUGCUGUUGGAGAAAGGCGCUGACCCUAAUGCAAAAGACAAGUUUGAGUCCACUCCCCUCCACAGAGCGUCUGCCAAGGGCAACCACCGCCUCAUCCAGCUGCUUCUCAAAGAGAGUGCCUCAACCAACAUCCAGGACUCCCAAGGCAACACGCCACUCCACCUGGCAUGCGAUGAGGAGCGCGUGGAAGCAGCCAAGUUGCUGGUGGAACAUGGAGCCAGCAUCUAUAUUGAGAACAAGGAGGAGAAGACCCCCCUCCAGUUAACCAGGGGUGGGCUGGGCAACAUACUCCGUCGGAUUGUAGAAGGAUGAUGCUCUUACUUUGUCUCCCAAAAUCCCCACCUUUGCCAAGGUACACUCAGUGAAUCCCAGUCAUCCCUCCCUCAGCGGCCUGGCUUGACACUUUCAGAUGUGAGACAGCUGGAAGGUGAGACACUCCUUGAGACAAAAAGUUGGACAGAACUGCAUUCCUGCUUAGGUGAGGCAGUGAAGCACCUUCGAUGUCAGGCUAAAUAAACUCUCUCCUGCAAAAAGCUCAGUGUGUCCAAAACUGCAGCCUAGUUUCUUUGAAUUUUGAAUUGUUCCAUAAUUUCAAAAUAAAGAUGAGUGUUCAGCCUGAA